CUCACUCUUCGCCAACAAAAGCCAUGGCCGUGCAGGCGCACCACCUGUCCCACGUCUACAACAACUUCAGGGGUCUGCCUCUGAUGGAUGAGAUGCCGGGCGGAUCCCUCUACCUGGAUGGGCAGGUCCAGCGCGCGCCGGCUGUGGCGGACAUCGAUCUUGCCUGGAACGACAACGCCUGCGGCCACGGUUUCGUGCAGAGGAAGCGGGCGCGCGUCCUUUCGGAGGCGCCUUCGUUCCUGGAAAACCAGCGCGCGCAGGGGCUUGUGCCCGUCGGCGACAUGCUGACCAGGGCGGCGGGCUCCGGCGCGCCGUCCACCAGCGGGAGGAUCACCAAUGCUGCCGGCCUGCAGCAGGACCUGCUCUCGCAGCUGUGCCGUCAGGGCAUGGAGAUCGACGCGCUCGUACGAGUCGAGACCGAGCGGAUGCGCGCGGGGAUGGAGGAGGCGCGACGCCGGCACGUUCGCGCGCUGCUGUCGGCGGCAGAGCGUGCUUCGGCGGGACGUCUGCGGGCCGCGGAUGCCGCGCUGGAGCUCGCGCGCUCUCGCAACGCCAACCUGUCGGAGAGGCUCGCCCAGAUCAGCGCGGAGGGGCAGGCGUGGAUCGGCGUCGCCAAGAGCCACGAGGCCGCCGUGGCCGGACUCCGCGCCACCCUCGACCAGCUCCUGCAAUCCCCUUCCGCGGCAGAAGGAGCGGCUGGAGAGGGCGCCGACGCCGAGGACGCGAGGUCCUGCUGCUUCGAGACCCCCGCGGGAGGCGACGAUGCCGCGGACGACGGCGAGGCGGCGUCCAACAAGUCCAGAGCGGCGUGCAAGGCCUGCGGCGAGGGCGAGUCGUGCGUGCUGGUGCUGCCGUGCCGGCACCUGUGCCUCUGCCCCGCGUGCGACGCCGCCGUGGAUACGUGCCCGGUCUGCGCGGCCACCAAGAACGCCUCCCUCCAUGUCCUGCUUUCUUGAUCCAAAGCUUGCGCGCCGCCUGGGGCUUUCUCUGAAACGGUUUGUGAUAAUGUAACAAAAUCCAGUUGACGUCAGCGUGCUUGGUCUUGCUCAUUCAUCCCGCCGAAACCUAUCGACCUGCCCAAGUUUCUUCGAAUGAACACCAGUGCUUCUACAAUUUGGAAGGAAGUGUGCUCGCGCCAAUACUCUGAAUAAUGGCAACCUGUUCCGGGGAGUUUUUUUUUAAGUGGGUUUCGCAGAGGGUAGCACCACCAG